AAAACAAAAAAAAAAAAAAAAAUGAAUAUACGCGCAUAAUGCCGUAUUAUGUUAUUGCUGCUAAACGACAGUUUUCGAGCUCAGUAUCAAUUUAGCAGCUCUUGUCAUUAACAUUAUUAUUUAAUACCGUUUCGAAAUAAAAAGAAUUUUUAAUAAAUAUAAUAUCUUUUUCUAUCAUUUGGAUCAACCUUUAUUAUUAAUUAAAUUCGUUAGAUAUUUGAAAGGACAUAAAUCAUUUGUUACUUUAAACUAUGUAAUAUAUUUGGGGAUAAUUCUGAAUCUGAUUAUAAAGUUAUUUUGUCUGAGAGGAUUUGUCAAUAAUAUUACAAUCAUCACAAUUUUACAAAUAAUGUAAUCGUUUUAUUAUUAUAUAUCACAAUUUCUACUAUGUAUAGUGCUGAAAGCCGUUUUAUUUUUUAAAAAAACCACAGAGACGCCAUGGAAAUAUGCACUGUGUUGCAGGUGAUUAUAUAUAACUCUAUAUUUUUGUUAAAUUUAAAAAAUUAUACUGUUAAUUUUUUAAAUUUAACAAAAACCACCAUUUUAUAGUAUCUUCUCGCAGUAAAAGUAGCUAUCAGCCAUUAAUUCGAUAAAUAAUAAUGUUUUGCUGAUAUUAAUAAGAAAAUAUUUUAUUUUCUUUAUUUAUGAUAAUCAUAUUUUAUGUUAUAUAGCUAGUGGAUGUUAUGUCAUUUUGUUCCUUUUUGUUUCGUGACAUUUAUAACAAUUUAUAAUACACACAAUAUAAAGUAUAAAUUCUCAUGUAAUGAUUAAAAUGGAUCAUUUCUUCUAACAUAUUCCCAUGUUUCUAAAUAAAUAACGUUUGUGUUAUUUCAAUGACGAUAUACGUUACAUUUCUCAGAAAUACGCUGAAAAAUAAAUUAUUAAUUGGCUCAUUUCAAUUUGUUUAUAAUCUUCAUGAAAAUAAACAUAGAUAUUUGAUUGAAAUUCGAGAAAUUUCUAAAAAAUUAUAAUAAUAUCUUUAUAAUAUAUGUGAUUGAAAAAAAUAUAUUAUCAAGUUAAAAAUCAGAUUCUAUAAUGCACAUACGUAGAAGCUUGUAAAUAAGCUUAGUGGUUUGAUUAAUAAUAAUUAUUGAUCUUCGAGUAGUUUUAGAGCAAAACAAAUUGCAAAUAUAAAAGUAGACAAUUUAAAAGCAACAUACUUUGGUAAAAUAUCAAUACCGAUAUAAAAAGAAAAUGAUAAUGUAAAUAAUGAUUUAAUUUCUUCUUUACUUUUUAUAUGUAUAAGUGACUUUAGAAAACAUUGUUAUCCCUUGCAAAGAAUUCUCGAAAAUAUAUUCUUUGUAUAUAAUUUUAACAUAUAUGCUACAGUAAAGGAAUACAUCGUGGUGACUAAUGCCGCUUUUCAUAAAAUGCAGACUCGAUAUUUCAUUUCCUAUCAUGCGUUGUUCGUAUAUACUUCGACGUCUCCCAACUUUUGAUUGUAAGUUUCAAUCUGCGGUUAUUUGAAUUCCUUCUUGGGAAUCUCGAAGUACAAUUUCUGCUGGUAAUAUAUUUUUCACUUCAUUUUGACGAGGAACUGGUUCAUCUUUUUGCACCGGUGGUGCACUAUGGUGCUUUUUUUUAUGACACAUCAUGGUCGAUCGCGAUACAAAUGUUUUGCCACAUGCGUCACAUUCAUACGGUCGCUCUCCAGUAUGUAAUCGUUUGUGAAUGGCCAUAGGAGUAAACUGUGUGAAUGUUUUACCGCAUACGUCACACCUGUAAGGUCGUUCUCCGGUAUGCAAUCUUCUGUGACACCUUAACGCUGCCCUUCUGGCGAAUACUUUACCACACAUAUCGCAUUUAAAGCUUUUCUCUCCUGUAUGCAUUGUCGAGUGGAUUUUAAGAUCGACUCUUGUUAAAAAUCCUUUACCACAAACUUCGCACAAAUACGGCUUUUCACCCGUAUGAAUGCGUAAAUGCGUGUUCAGAUAACUUUUACUAACAAACAUUUUAUUGCAUACUACACAUGGAUACUGACGAUUAUCCAUGCCCGAGUGUAUUUUCUGAUGACUUUUACAAAGUCCUUUCGUUAUAAAACCUCUACCGCAAAUUUCGCAAACAUACGGUUUGACUCCAAGAUGUCUGUUUUGAUGAUCUAACAGUGACUGCUUUGUUUUGAAAUGUUGUCCACAAGUGUUACAUGGAAAAGGCUUCAGAUCUGAAUGCACUCUUUGGUGAAGGACAAGAUAACUUUUAGAUUGAAAACCUUUACCACACGUGGAGCAAUUAUAAUCAAAUUGUCCUGUAUGCGUGGCUGUGUGUUGUGCAAGCCCGAUUUUACUACGAAAUGCUUUUUCACAAGUCACACAUUGAAAAGGCUUUUCACCAGUGUGUUUCCGCAUAUGUUCUUGCAAUUUGUAAUUCGUCCUGUAUUGUUUUCCACAUUGAGUACAAACUUUUGGAGUCCAUUUUUGCCUUACCGUUGUCUGUUUUUUUUCUUCUAUAUUUAUAUCAUUUUGAGAAGACGCUAACUCAGGCUCUACAACUUCCUUUUCUUUGCUGAUUGUUUUACUUUUAUAUACAUCACAUCUUUCUUUAUGUACAUUUAAGGCAUUUACACUUGUAAAAUAUAAACCACAGGGACAGCAGCAGAAAUAUUGUUCGAAAUGUGCUAUCAUAUUAUUUGAACCUAACGUCGCUUCGUUACAAAAUGGACACACAUACCAGUGUGAGCCUGUUUCAUCUACUGUAGGAUUAUUCAAUGUUGAUUCUAAUAACGCAUGCUUGGCUCUUUUUGUAUAUUCUACUAAAAUUUCUGAACUUCCAGUUGUUAUUUGACUCGUUGACGCAAUAGUAUUUGUUUGAGAAGUUGUAUGAUUAGGAGUUUCUCUUUCAACAACACGUGUUUCUUCUAUAUCACUACCAGUUUCUGGCUGAGUAGGAGCGAAGCUCUCAUGUGAUACAUUAUUUUCGAGUACAUUUGUCGGAUCUUCUGUAGGCAAUCUAUCUUGCAACCUGUGAUAUUCCUGUUUUAUUGGUACUGAUUCGUACUUUACAUUGUCACAGUAAUGUACAAUUGAUUCGCGAUUUUGAUCUUCAGGAUUUAUUGAAGUAACAUAAUUUAUUCCUAAUUGACUUAAAUGACCGCUCACUGUUAAAUUUCCAACUACAGUCAUAUCACCCUCCAAAUGCAUUGCUAUUUGAUGAUAUAGUACAAUUUAUUUCAGCAAGCAUAUUAGGUUUAUUUGUUCAUUUACUUCUCGUAUAUGUUCAUCCACCAUUCUGGCUGUAUCUCCAUCUAAACAGUCAAUACCAGUAACCUCAAUAUCAGUAUCCUGUUGUCCCAUUUCUUCUUGUGUAACAACUUGUUCACCAGUUGCCAAGUCUAUUUCAUCCAUGACUUGCAUGGUAUGUAUAGUAGGCUCUGCUGUUUCCUGAGUGGUUACAUGAUUUUGUACAUUUUCCAUGUCAUUCUGUAUUCUGUUAAUAUUUCUUUGAAUUCUCUUCAUUUCUUCUACUUCUUCCAAGUCCCUUUUCGAUAUGCGUACAAUCUCUUGCUUGGCAAUUUCCUUUAACAUUUCCAUGAACAUUCCCUCAGUAUGUAAACAUUUCUCACGAAAAUCAAAUAACUGAUCCAAUUUGUAAGCACACUCCUCGCACACCACUUUUGGCAGUUGAUCAGUCAUAGACACCUGCACUGGCAAACAUGCGGCUAUUUUCUUGUCAAUGUUGCGCAUCUGAUCGCCGGCUUCGAAAAUUGGUAAUCCCAUGAGGAUACCUGUUUUAGUUGCGCAUAGUCGACAUAAGUAAUCAAAUUCCUCGACGACGGCCAUAUCAACAGAACGAGGAAGAUCGUCUCGUUGCCAGAUUAAAACGGACUGCUUCGAAGGACCGGAACGAUUUUUACUUUAAGAAACCCAAUGGCCAAGGUCUUUUUACGUGAUUUGAGAAACUUGUGCCGUACAUUACGACAUUUCUUAAUUCGUCUCCUGCCGAUCUUUAAUUGAAAGUUUCUCUACUCUUUUACAGAUAUGCAUUAUCCGAGGAUAUUUGUCAAGUAAGUUUGCGUUCACACCAUCAGAGACCCUCUUACAAUCAGUCGUGGCAUCCGUAGCGGGGGAAUUAGCUUGCGCUGCUCUCUUUUCAUCUAAAAAGAAUAUGUUUCGUAGGUGGCGCGCUGAACAUUCUUUUGAUCGACUGGCGAGCUAUCGAAUAUCGAGAGAUAUUUGCAAUUACAUUUUUGAGCGAUUCUUAUUUCGAUAAUUUUUAUUUGUAGGGAUGUAUGAUGAUAAUUUGAGGACAAAAAUCAUUGGAUUUAAAAAUAAUUAGAACCACAUAGAUAUGUUAAUUCGUUAGAUCGUAGAUAAUUUUUUUUUAGUAGAUAAUUUCAUUGUCGAAAAAAAUUCUUCAUUUAAAAAAGUUAUUAAAAAUAUACCUUUUAGGUAAUUAAAAAUAUAUAUUAAUUUUUGUAUUGUUAUAAUGUGAGCUUGCGUUCAUAUACAAGCGUUUGUUCAUCAUGUCACUAUAUAAACGUGCUUUACUGAAUUACUAAUAAAAAUGGCGACAUCAGGUAAAUCAGGAAACUUACAAAAGCGAAAAUUAGUGACAGAACGAAAUAAUACAGAUGAAGAAAUGGCUAAGAAAGCUAAAAUUGUUAUAACAAAUUCAGAACCUCCACGACUGUGUCCUUAUUUAGAUACUAUAAAUCGUCAAUUUCUAGACUUUGAUUUUGAGAAGCUAUGUUCAGUAUCGUUAUCAAGAAUUAAUGUAUAUGCUUGUUUGGUAUGUGGAAAAUAUUUCCAAGGUAGAGGUACAAACACUCACGCUUAUACACACAGCGUAGCUGAAAGUCAUCAUGUUUUUUUGAAUCUCCAUACUUUAAAAUUUUAUUGUUUACCUGACAAUUAUGAAAUAAUUGAUUCAUCAUUGGAUGACAUAAAAUAUGUUUUAAAUCCAACAUUUGAUAAAGCACAAAUUGCGCAGUUAGAUAAAAGUAAUAAGUUAUCGAGAGCCAUAGAUGGAUCUUUAUAUUCACCUGGUAUUGUGGGAAUGAAUAAUAUUAAAGCAAAUGAUUAUUGUAAUGUUAUUUUACAAGCACUUUCUCAUGUUACGCCUUUAAGAGAUUUCUUUUUGAGGGAAUCUAAUUAUUCUCAUGUCAAAAGGCCACCUGGAGAUUCUUCUUAUCUUUUAGUUCAACGAUUUGGAGAAUUAAUGAGAAAAUUAUGGAAUCCACGUAAUUUCAAAGCACAUGUCAGUCCACAUGAAAUGUUACAAGCUGUUGUUUUAUGGAGUAAAAAGAGGUUCCAGUUUACUGAACAGGGUGAUCCAAUUGACUUUCUUUCGUGGUUCUUAAAUGCUCUUCAUCUAGCAUUAAAUGGUACAAAAAAACGUGAUUCUAGUAUUGUAUAUAAAACAUUUUUGGGUCACAUGCGGAUAUAUACACGAAAGAUACCACCACUUGAGUUAGAUGAAAGUCAGAGGAGCGAAUUACUUCAUACUGUAGAAUAUGGUGAAACUGUAACAGAAAGCCCAUUUCUAUAUUUAACAUGUGAUUUGCCACCACCACCUCUUUUUAAAGAUCAAUUUACUGAGAAUAUUAUCCCUCAAGUUAAUUUAUAUACAUUAUUAAAUAAAUUUAAUGCCGUAACUGAAAAAGAAUACAAAACUUAUAAGGAAAAUUUUAUGAAGAGAUUUGAGAUAACAGAACUUCCUCCAUAUCUUAUACUUUAUAUAAAAAAAUGUUGAUUUUGGGGAUAUUUUAACACCUGAAGUGAAACAAAAACAUCCAUUUACAACAUACGAUCUAGUAGCAAAUAUAGUUCAUGAUGGUGAACCUGGUCAAGGAACAUACAGAGUCCACAUUUUACAUAGAGCAACUGGUCAAUGGUAUGAGUUGCAAGAUUUACAUGUAACCCAGAUUUUACCUCAAAUGAUAACAUUGACCGAAGCAUACAUUCAAAUCUACGAACUAAAAAAGGAUAUAUGUACAGAAAAUGGUGAUAAUAAAAGCAAAAGAAUUAUGUGAUAGAUACAAUUUUAUAAAUAAAAUAUUUCAAUUUUUCACUUUC